AUGCAUGCAGUUUUCAUUCCGAGUCAUAGUUUGGCCACGGUUCGAGUUCAAGGGGCAAAGGAACAAGCACUGUUGAACAUUGCAAUUAACAGAGCGCACGAGAAUAAUCUAAAGACAAUAUGGAUCGAUAUCAAAAGGGCAUUCGAUUCGAUAGACCAUAAAUAUUUACAUGCCGUUUUAGAUCACCUUAAUAUCCCAGAUUGGAUUACUAACUUUAUAAAGCAUAUCACUAGUGGAUGGACAAUAGACGUUAGAUGUGGGAAAGAACCUAUAAUGGUGAAAAAGGUAACAAGAGGAAUCCUCCAAGGAGACUCGUUAUCACCACUUCUAUUUGUACUAUGCAUGGAUCCCCUGAGUAAAAUCCUCCAUUCAGUUUACCCAACGGUAAAAGGAAAGAUUGGAGAAAAACAGGAACAUGCCAUGAACCACCUACUAUUCAUGGAUGACAUUAAACUAUCUGCAAAUGACGACUAUAUGAUUGAGAAUUGUUUAGGGAAUGAAAGGUCCCUCAAAACAAUAGGCCCGGAGAUUAACAGAGAUGAAUCAGAGACCACACCAUGA